UGCUUUUGACUUAUAAGCAUUUUGUUAUCUUUUGGUAGGCCUCACAUUUAGUCGUCGUGGUGUUUGUUGUGCUAAUUUUACAACACAGCUAACUUGACUUUUGACUCUGGUUCAUUGUUUUUUUGGUGGACUUCACGAUACAAGUUUGGCUUCAAUGGAUAAUACGAUGUUUUUUGUUCUUUGUCAAGCUUGUUUUUGUACUUAGCAUUAGUUACAAGUUGUUUUAACGCUCUUAGCAGAGAUGCUGACAAAUACUCGUGAGGCUAUAACGUUACAACUUAAAAAAAGGUGAAUUAAAACCAGGCAUGUGCCUGGCGCUGUUCACAGCCACACCUGCAGCUGAGCACCCACUCAGCUCCAAUAACCUCCCUCAAAUACCAUGGAUCCUGAGCAGCAGACCAGCCGUCUGCCUCCUGCUGAAGCCUCCUCCCAGCCCAGUGCAGAAUACUUCUCAUGGGAUCACCGCCUCCAGCUUAUUGGCCUCGGCUUUACCUUCUAUACAGCAAUAUUCCUCCUCUCCCACCUCCUGUCUACAGUACUGUCUCGUACCUAUUGCUCCCUGCUAGCUAAAGAGAAGGUUUUCUGGAACCUUGCAGCAACUCGGGCAGCGUUUGGCAUCCAGAGUAGUGUAGCGGGUCUCCGGGCACUGACUGAAGACACUGCAUUAACCAGAGACAAAGUGAGGGGACAAGAGGACUGGUCGUGGUUCAAUGUCCUCACAGCCACAGGUUUCUUUUUGUUUGAGAAUGUAGCAUUACAUGCCUCCAGUGUGGUAUUUUGGUCAUUUGACCUCCCACUGGCAACGCACCAUUUCUUCGCCCUGUCAGGAUACGCCGGGGCAGUGGUGUGGGAUUCCCUUGGCCACUUCUUGCCAAUGGUUACACUGCUGCUGGAGAUGAGCACACCAUUUACAUGUAUAUCCUGGAUGUUACUGAAGGCCGGCUGGGCCCGCACCUUCUUUUGGAGAGCCAACCAGUGGGUGAUGAUCCACAUGUUCCACUGUCGCAUGGUGCUCACCUACUACAUGUGGUGGAUAAGUUUGACCCACUGGAGAGAGCUCAUCACUUAUGUGUCCCUACCCCAAAAUGUUCUCUUCUUCACUGGCCUGGCUCUGCUUACGUUUAUCAUCAACCCUAUCUGGACGCACAAGAAGACCAUGCAGCUGCUCAACCCGGUGGAUUGGAACUUUGAAAACAAACCAGCACCGGUCAAUGGAUCCACACAGAGCCAGUCCGCUUCUGUCAAACCCCAUGCCAGUUGAAUAGUACUGAAUGAUGCUGUGUUUCUUUUAUUCAUUUUUAUUGAGUAUUUUAAGAUUUAUUUGGUCAGAUUCAGACUUUUUUUCUUCUUCUUUUUACACAUUUGGACCCUAAGACCCUAUUAGUAGACUUCACUUAUCUAAAAAGCCCUAAAAGGUUGUUGGUAUGACCUUGACAAAAGUCUUACAGGCAGUCUUAUGCUGUUUUGUAUUUGACGAUAUGCAUUUAUCUUUUAAUAGGUAGGUGUGGUUGUGUAUGACUUUGGAGUGGGGUGCUGUAUGUUUGCAUCAUUAUGAGCACAUUAUAUUGUGAAAUCAGUCAUAGGGUUGGUUAUUAAUACACAAUAGGGAGAAAUACACAUGACAGCAGUUCUUGCAAGAACCAUUCGGAAGCACAAACCUACAAAUGAAAACCUUGUUCCUUAGGAGCAAAAACCUGAUUGUGGAUAUACAUAUUUUGACUUCUUUAAGUUUAAAGCAACACAACAAAAAGUGAGGCCUCUGUACAGCUACAUUGUUUACAGCCUGACCUGCUUUAAGAAGCAUUGCAUUUUCUAUCUCUUCUGUUUGCCCACAGCUUCUUCUGAUCUCAUGCUAUUGACGGGUUAUUUCUAUUUAUGUCACAGGUAGAAGAAGUCUAGUAGUAAGGUACCUUGAGAUACGAUAUGAAUGAGACAGAGGAGGUUUUCAGUGAUCAUCCAACAACUCUGUAGUGAAGUAACAUCAAGAAUGUGGCCUUGGUCAUGCACAGCUCUAUUGUUGCUUUUGCAACAUAGUUACUCCACACUGAUUGAGCAGCGUAUGCUGGAAAAUUGGGUCAAGUUUGAGGUCUUACAAGUUAGUAGUGGAAGCUAUUAGAGGCUAAGUGAACAAUUAGAUUAGUCAAUUCAGUCACAUUGGUGUUUUUUUUUGGACUGUGAAUCUUGAACCUUUUUCAGCAGAAAGGGAAAUUAUUAUCAUGGUGGUUUUCAUAAAGUAGAUUUCUGAACAGACGAAAGCUCAGGACUGGUCAACUUUACAAAAGCUCUAUUGUCCAAAAUGAAGAUGCAGUGUGACGAAACUGUAACAGUGUUAUACAAGAUUACCAUGCAACAUCAUGAUCAUGAUUUAUUUGAUAUUUUGAAUCAAGCGAAUGUAGAUUACAAGUGUUUGAUAACAUUGUCUUGUUUUAAUAUUUAUUUCUACUCAUGUCACAUCAAAAUGUCUUACUUUUUUUUCAGACAAUGGCUUUAUUGUUGUGGAAAUGAGGGUUGGGUUUGUUCAUUGUCACAUAACUGGCAUAAGAUGUUUUUGUUUGCUUGGAUGGAUGUGUUGGAUGAGUUUACUAUAAGCAUUCAGGAGAUUGCAUACAUGUAACAUUUGGGCGUCUUCAAGAAUACUCAUGUUAGUUUAGUUCUAGUCUGAUGGUCACUAAGCUGCAAACUUUCAGAUCUUUUUAAAUGUCUUCCUUUUCUCAGUGUGUGUGUGUUUAAACAGCAUCACUACUAUAGUCCACAUCCAAUUUCAUUAAUAAGCUCUACAAUGUUAGACAUUUCCAUUUUACUAUUAGUAUUAAUUUGUAUUAAUUUUUAGCAUCUCUUGGAUAAAUUUCAACUCCUGAGCUGAGGGCUGAUGCAGAGUUAUCCAGCAAAGUAUAUAAAUGAGUCCACUGCAGAGAUGAUUGAACAGUUGAUGUGAGAAAAAGCUGUUGCUGGGCUUUUUAUUACUCAGUGUAACCCCUCAAAUCUGAAACUUGGACUGAUGAAGAACUGUUCCGGGUUAGACUCUGCAGCGUUAUCAAGAUAACUGUAAAUCUGCCUCAUGACACAUGCUUCAGGAUGACUGAGAUGAAGCCACACAUUAUCCAGUUUGGUGCUUUUGUGUGCGUC